CUCUCUCUCUGGGACCCAAACUUGUUUCAGGAAAAAGCGCCUGAACAUAUUUUCUCUCUGAAGAAACAGGACGGCGGUGUCCGUGCCAAAGGAGAAGGCGUAAACUUCCUCCAAACAUUUCCUUCGCCAUCUCCGCUUUCGAGACUUUUUGUGGAAUCGUUUGUAACGAGAGGAGUUUUUUUUAUGGUCUGGUUUUUCCACCUCCGACAGCACCUGGUUGUUUCUCUUCUUACACGGAUUCCUGCUUCCUCUCCUCAAACAUUUGAAUUGUGCGGACAUGGACUGGGGAACAGAUCUCUGGGACCAGUAUGAUCACAUCGACAAGCAUACGCAGUCGGGCCUCGACCUGGUGGAGCGGUACAUAAAGUUUGUGAAGGAACGGACAGAAAUAGAGCAGAGCUACGCCAAACAACUCAGGAAUCUAUCAAAGAAAUAUGCAAAACGAGGAAGCAAAGAUGAGCAAGACUGCAAAUUCAGCAAUCACGCCUCCCUCCAGGAGAUCCUGAACGAGCUGAACGAUUACGCCGGCCAACGGGAGCUCAUCGCUGAAAAUAUGAUGACCGGUAUCUGUGUGGACCUCACCAAGUACCUCCAGGAUCUCAAACAGGAGCGCAAAACACACCUGGCUGAUGCCAAGAAGGCCCAGCAGAACUUAGAGAUCACCUUUAAACAACUAGAAAGUACAAAGAAGCGCUUUGCCAAGGAGUGGGGAGAGGCUGAGAAAGCCACACAACAAGCCGAAAAAACGGAGAAUGACCUCAAUGCCACCAGGCUGGAUGUUGAAAAAGCCAAGCAACAUGCCCAUGCCCGCACACACACAGCGGAGGAGUGCAGGAACGACUAUGCUGCACAGCUCCAGAAAUACAACAAGGAACAAAACUUAUUCUACUACACGGAGAUACCGCAGAUCUUCAAUAACAUGCAGGACAUGGAUGAGAGGAGGAUUCAGCGAAUGGCGGAGGGAUACUGCCAGUUUGCGGACAUCGAGAAGAAAGUGCAGCCCAUCAUCUCAAAGUGUUUAGAAGGGAUUUUCAAUGCAGGAGGGAAAAUUAAUGAAAAACAGGACUCGAUGCUGUUCAUAGAGCAGCACAAAUCUGGUUUUGAGCGACCUGCAGAUGUUGAGUUUGAAGACUACACCCAGGGAAUCAAAUCAGCCACCUCUGAGUCAAGCCUCAACCCUCCUAAAGUGCGCGCCAAGCUCUGGCCUUUCAGCAAGAAGACCAAGAUAUCGCAUGCUGAAAAGCACAUGCCGCUUCCUGCAGAAGAUUUCUCUCACCUUCCCCCGGAGCAGAGGAAGAAGAGGCUGCAGUCAAAGAUUGAUGACAUCUCUAAAGAGCUGCAAAAGGCACUGGACCAAAGCGAGGCACUGGAGAAGAUGAAGGGUGUGUACGAGCAGAAUCCACAGAUGGGAGACCCCUCCUGUCUGGAGCCUCAGAUCUCAGAAACUGCUCAAAACAUCGGCCGCCUGAGGGGGGAGUUAGCCAAAUAUGAGACGUGGCUGUCAGAAGCAGUGGGAGGAGAGGAGUCUUCCAACGCCAUCAACAAUAAUACUCAACACACUGGCGUAGCAGCUGAACUGCCUCAGAAUAUCUACCUAGAGUUUGAUGACGAGUUUGAUGACGUAGAAACCCCUGUUGGCCAGUGCACGGCUCUGUACACUUUUCAAGGCAACAGCGAAGGCACCAUUUCCAUUACCGAGGGUGAGCUGUUGAGUAUAAUGGAGGAGGAUAAAGGAGACGGAUGGAUGCGAGUACUUAGAGCCGGUGGAGAAGAGGGCUAUAUUCCUUCAUCCUAUGUUAAACUUUCCCCAUAACACAUACACAUACACACACUUAGAGCUUUUGAUGAAUAGCAAGUUAUGAGCCAGAGGUGAAUACAAAGUCAUCCAUGAUAAUUGGAGCUUUUCUCUACAUCUUUUAUCUCAGCCUGUGACGUGUCUGGCGAGAUGAAAGCGAGUGAUUAGGAAGCUUCUUAUCGAGGCUGAUUGCAAUAUUAUAAAGUGCCUAUCUCUACUCGCUGCUGCAGGGGAGGCCGUCUCUAAACUCAGACCCUCUGAUCUUUAUACACUUCAGCUCUUUUAAAUCCAAACUUCUGAAUGUAUAGCUGAACUUUUUGGUCACUUCGUUAAGUGAUAACUCUUGUAACAUAUUCAGCAUCAUAGUAGCAUGACGCUACAUUUCUUUAUGUUGAUAUAUCCAUUCACUUGACUUUCCCACUGCCAUCUCUAAUAACCUGCUGAGCAUUUUUCUUUGUGUAUCACCGGCCCUCUGCUUAAACCUCUCUCCUGACAGGAUAAUGUGAGUUUUUCUUUUAAUCUUUUUGAUGUUUUAUGACUAAUAACUGGAUGAAAACCACUACUCUGUAGGGAGUGCACACAAUAAGGUCUGUCACAGUAAAGGAUAGGUUCACUUUUAUAUCAUGUCUUUCCUAAAACAUUAGUCAGGUGCCACUGAGAUAGGUUUUGCUUGCUGCAAUCAUUUCCUGUUGUUCAUUCUGGCCUCUUCCUAAGUUGCUUCUAUUCUAAGGGAAUGGAGACAAAAAUCCACGAUCAAGUUUUUGAAAAAAAGUAUAUGUGGCUUCAUCACUUGAAGUUAAAGGGGCCCUAUUGUGCUUUUUGGGGGUCUCCCGUUCCCGUAGUGUGUUUUAUAGGUUAUUUUGCAUGUAAAGGGUCUACAAAGGCUAAAAUCCCUGAAAAUGCCUCCAUUGGAGUCCUUUAUUUACUUCCGGGACAUAGUGACAUCACUACAUACCACUCACGCUUCUAGUGACUAGUACUCCGUGAUAGGCUUUGGGUUUUUUUUUGGUAAUAAUACCAGAAAUAUUCUAAUAAAGAAAUAAUUACAGCGAGCAAAAGCUGCUCCAAUGAACAGUGCAUAGGGGCACAUGGACCUAAUCUCUUAUCUCCAGAUGAUGUUAUAGUUUCUUUAAAAAUGUUUUGUGAAUUAAACACGCGUGUAAAAAGAAAACAACAAGCACAGUGGCAAGAAUGAACAUUAAAGUAAAAAUACAGCAUUUACCUUGUUAGCAUUCCUGGCAGAAGUAUGUACGAGGUCACUGAUUUAGAGAUCAUCACAUAGCAUGGACAUAAAAAUCAGUCCUUGUCUUUGCACGGAAAUUGCAGUGUGUUUUCAAUUCUGCUCAGCCGUUUCUACUUUAACAUUUUUAUGUUCCUCACUUUUGUAUACUGGUUUUUAAACAGUUAAACCACCUGUUGUCCUAUAUUGAGCCUUUUAUAUGAUCACUCCUAGUUACAUUCUCAAACACUCUUUGAACAAUGGACAUGUUUAAAACCUUUGACAUUAUUCUGAAUUUAAAUCCAGUUGACUUGUUAAAUCAAAAUUCCUAAAGUACCUGUGCCUUAUACAGUCAAUGAACUAGUUCAAAAUACUCUUACUUCUUCUUCCUUAUUGAAAAAUGAUCUAGAAUUAAUUUAAAAAAACAUUAUUUAUAUCAAAAGUUUAACUGCCUGCCUACUUACCUACACAGCACAAUAAUUGGACAACCGUUUGUAGACUCAAACUUUUCAUUUAACGUGAGUAAAUACAUCAAACCUCUUGUGUCAAACUGCACAAACAUCAAUCUGCACAGAAUUCCUGGAAUAUUCAUAAAAAGCAACACUUGUUAUGGAAUAUAGGGGAACUAAAAUCUCUCUUUGAGCCACAUAAUGUUUACCGAUCUCUUUCUCUACCACUCUGUCCUGCACUAGUAGACUUUUGUUUUUUUAACAUUUAAGGGGUAUUAUUGUAUGAGAUCAUUCUAAAAGGAAAAUGUAUGUAUUUACAUGUUUUGUCUGAGUCAUAAAGUGUAAAGAAAAAUA